CCGCCAGCAUAGGCGAUUUCUGGGUUCUGACUUCUGACUUCUGGCCUUGACUAAUGCUAGCUUUGGAAAUAACAUUUCCACAACGCCAAAUAUGCGUAUUGGAAUGCACAGAGGGUUCCGCCAAAAACCACCGAGAAAAUGAGCGAGACGAGGCCGGUGCCGAGGAGGGAGAGCCCAUGGGGGAUGUCGGAGGGAGAUCACAAGCAGCCAAAGGCACAUCGAUGCAACGAUCGAGCCGAGGACGUUAUUCAAGCUUGUUUUGAGGGGAAUCCAUUCAAGACAGUGCCAGGACCUUUUAAGCUCUUCUGGGAAUGCAUGCGCUCCAAACCCGGAGAGGAACCGACAGAGCCGUACACUUACCUGCAGAUUGAUGCUCCAAAAAUAGAGGUGAAGCUGGAGUAAAGAAGAAGCGUGCUGGUGCCACUUUCCAGUUGUAAUUCAUUUCCAUUUUUGCAGACAGAGAUGUGAAUUGUCAAGGUUCAUUUCCUUUGUUUUCAGUAGCCUUUGUGGAUACUGCAAAAUGUUUUGUCUUUGUAUCAAACAGUUGGUAACCUUUCCCUUUCGUCUUUGGAUAAUAAUGAUAUAAAGAUUAGCAGCUGUUACAACCACAUGGAUUCUGCUUUAAGAAUAAGAAAUCUCUCUCUUCCAUUUAGAC